AUGUAUAACUAUGAGAACUUACCAUCGGAAUGGUUUUCAUCACGUAAACGACCGCGUUCGUAUCAUUAUCUGCCACCAAUGUCUCGACCUGUUUCCAAAAGUUUCAAUCGAAUAUCGGACUUUAUCUUUCCCGAUACCGUUCAUAUUCGUCUUCAGCAGCAGCAACAGCAGCAACAACCUUUCUAUCGAAGAUAUCAGCGGACGGAAAACUACAGUUUGCCCGUCUUAAAUCAUCGAAACCGUAACCAGCAUGAUUUGAUUGUUGUCGAACGUUUACCAUUCGAAGAACUUGAUAAUGUCGACUUUCUCUAUCGAGAACAAUAUCAAAAACAACAGCAACAACAAACAUGUCAACCAGUUCGACCUGUUCGACGUCGUUAUACAUCUAUUACAAAUGAUCAACGUGCAAAUUUCAACGAUAGAAUGAUCUCAGGUUUACCGUCUCGAUCCGAUGCUCAUCGAGAGCGUGUACGUGAUCGACGGAAACGUCAUACAACCGAUAAUGCUUAUCAUUCAAUGAUGAAAUCAAUGCUGGAAGAAGAAGAAGCUCAAUAUUUGAAUGAAGAAAUAGGCGAUCCUAAUUAUAUUAUUUCAUACACCACUACACUAGAUCCCAUUACUGAUUCGGAAUCAAUCAAUUCUGUGCAACAGCAGCAACAAAACAAUAAUAUUUCAUUAGAAGAAUGGAAAAGACAAUCGCAUGGUCGUGUACCAGUCAACGGUACUGUACCUAUUAUAAUUGAUCGAGAACGUCAACGGCAACGACAACAUAGUUCAUCAUUAAGUAGCCGAGAUUCAUCAAGUGACACAGACAUCACUGAGCGACAUCCGACUACAACGAAUUUUAUUCAAUAUCAACAAGAUACUACCUUCAUCACGCCAUCAACAGAGCUUCCGGGUGUAUCAACUUCUCGUCCAGCCGUGUGGGAACAACUUCGGUCUGAGCCUGUUCGUCUUCGCCAUCAACCUGACAUAUUCAUUCCCAUUCAAGCAGUAACUGAAGCAGACAGAAACAAUCAGGAAACAUCGUCCUAUACGAAUAAUCGGAUCACUACAACGCCAUUUGAUAAUGUUACCGAUUAUCAGAUAAACAAUAAAACAUCAUCUCAACUAGUCGAUAAAUCAACACAUCAUGUUUCUUUAUGUGUAAAUGAUUUACACACAACUCUGUUUAUAGAAGAAGACGCUCUCAACAAUACCAAGACGACGACAAAUAGUAAUAAUAGCAGUAGCAAAGUAAUCAUAAAAACAUUUAUCGAUCGAAUUAUCAAACGUUUACAACAUUUCAAACGAUCACUCGAUGCUGGACUAAUUCACGUCCGGAAAAGAAAUACAUUAGUCAAUGGUCCUAUUGUUAAUGUUGAAUAUCAUCCACAAAGCGAAAUCUCUCGACGAAAGAAUGAAUCAGAUCAGUCUAGUGAUUGUAUUCCUAAACAGCAACAUCCUCUUCGUUCACCAUCAUUUGAUACAAGUGAAGAAACUAAACACGUUCGACCAUAUUUUUUAAUUAGACCACAAACAGUUCUUGUGUUACCCAAUGAAAUCGCGAAGUUCAAAUGUUGUUUUGGUGGUGAUCCACUUCCGACACUUGUCUGGUCUCAUAAUGAUUCGCGUGUGUCAGAACUCAUAGCCACGGGCGGUGCAACAGCAUCACAAUAUCGUGUACAUAAACUUCAUGAUAUACAUUACUUGGAUAUUGGACCUGUCAAUGUUCGGGAUAGUGGUCAAUUAAAAUGUAUACUGAUGAAUCGUUACGGUCGAGAAGAAGCUGUGGUUCAUUUGAUUGUUGCUCCGUCAGCAGCAGAUGCGACACCUUCGAUUCCUCAGCCAUUGAGUGAUAUCACAAUAAUCGAAAGUCGACCUUUGAAACUGUCAUGUGGUAUCGUUGGCUGUCAAGUAACGGUGAACUGGUAUCAUAAUGGCAAAUUAAUAUCACCAAUGACGCAAUCAAAAACGGAUUAUAAUGGUGAAAAUGCCAUUUUUUCCCUUUCGAGAUGUAUGAGAACGGAUGCUGGUACAGUUGAUUGUGUUGUUAAAAAUCGUUUUGGUGAAGUAAGAACAAGUUGCCGUAUCGAAGUGGUCAAUGAUCCUGAAUUUGACCGGUGA